AUGAAGACAAAAUUAAAAAGUGUUGAGCAAGAAGAAAUUUCAGAUGAAAAAAUUGUCAUUAAGAAGCCAAAGCUGUCUUCUCUUGGAAGAAGAAAGAAGCGUGGAGAUAAAUUAGGUACAGUUGAAUUGAGUAAUGAAGAUGGCUUCACUACAGAUGAAGAGAAUGGCGAGGAAGAAGGCCAGUAUGAGGGAUGUAAACACUUUGAAGUUGAAUCAAAACAUAUGAAAGGAAUUCAAUUUCAAACCAAAAGAAUGCAGGUACACAUAGAAGACAGAGUAAAAACACCAGUUUCAAGUAAAAAGAGAAAGACCCUUAAAAAGAGAACAAUGAAAAUCAAAGUAGAGGUCAAAGUAAAAAAUAAGCGUAAUUCAGUAAAAGUAAGAUUAGAAGAUACCGCAAAAUUGGCAAAAAAGAAAAAGAUAUUAAAACUGAAAAAAGAAAAGAAACAGUUGCUAGAAACAAAAGGCAGUAUUGCAGAGAACUCAAAACUGCAAAGCUCAAAGUUAGAAGAUAAAGUGCAAAAUGAUGCGUCUAAUGUUGCAUUCAAAACAGAUAAUGUAUCAAACAAUAAGGAGCAAGGAAAACUGGAGGAAAAAGAAAUUGAAAAUGUGAGAAAAAGAGGGAGGCCUUGCAAGAUCAAAGUUGAAAAAGUAGAACAAAAUGAAAACUUAUCAAACCGAGAAACAGAAACUAAAGGAAAGGAAAGGAAAAGAAAAAGUCAAGAAGCAAAUCCUCUAAUAGACACAAGAAAAAAGAAAGAAAAAACUAAUGUGGAAGAUGAUAAAAUUGAUCAUCAUCUCUCAAGCUCAGAAGAAAAGACAGAAAAAUGUAAUGUUGAAGUUGACAAGAAGGGUAUAAAUAAAUUCCUCGAAGGAAAUAAGAAGAAAGCAGAAGGAAGAAUAAAAAAAGUUUCAUCAGAUGAAGUUAUUCAAACAGAAAAUACAUCUGAUGAUGUAAAGCAACCAGAAUCGUGUGAAACAGAAAUUGUAAAUAUGAGAAAAAGGGGGAGGCCAAGCAAGAUCAAAGUUGAAAAAGUAGAACAAAAUGAAAAUGUAUCGAGUUCAGGAACAGAAACAAAAGUUAGAGAAAGGAAAGAAAAAGGAAAGAAAACAAACCAAGAAGCUGACCCUAUCAUGGACCCCCUUCAAAAGGUGGAAAACAAAAAUACUGAUGAUGAUCAGAUUGAUCCCUCUCUUUCAAUUUUAGUAGGAAAGACGGUGCAAUUAGGUGUUGAUGUUGAAGAAAAGGAAUCAAAUAAAAGCUUUCAAGAAAACAAAAAGAUGGCUGAAGAAAGAAAGAAAAAAGUUGCAUCAGAUGAAGUUAUUCAAACAGAAAAUAUAUCUGAUGAUGUGAAGCAACCAGAAUCACAUGAAACAGAAAUCGUAAAUAUGAGAAAAAGGGGGAGGCCAAGCAAGAUCAAAGUUGAAAAAGUAGAACAGAAUGAAACUGUAUCAAGUUCAGGAACAGAGAGUAAAGUUAAAGAAAGGAAAAGAAAAGGAGAGAAAACAAACCAAGAAGCUGAUCCUAUUAUAGAAACCAGAAAAGAGGAAGAAAACAUAAAUGUUGAUGAUGAAAUCAAUCUCCCUAUCUCAAUGUCAGUAGAAAAGACAGAAAAAUUAAAUGUUGAAGUUGACAAAAAGGAAGCAAAUAAAAGCAAAGAUGCAGCUGAUGAUUUCAUUAAAACAGAAAAUAUAUCAAAUGAUGUACAGCAACUAAAAUCCCUUGCUAAAGAAAUUGUAAAUGCAAGAAAAAGGGGGAGGCCAAGCAAGAUCAAAGUUGAAAAAGUGGAAGAAAAUGAAAAUGCAGUAUGUUUAGGAACAGAAACUAAAGUUAAAGAAAUGAAAGGAAAAGGAGAUAAAACAAACCAAGAAGCUGAUUCUAUCAUAGACCUUCCCAAAAAUGAUGAAAACAAAAAUAUUAAUGAUGCUGAAAAGAUCUCAAUUUCAAAUGGAAAGACAGAAAAAAUAGAUGGUGAUGUCCAAGGAAAGGGAUCAAAUAAAAGCUUUGAAGAAAAGAAGGAAAAAGCUGAAGAAAGAAAGAAAAAAGUUGUAACUGGUGAUGUUAUUAAUACAGCAAAUAUUUCAGACAUUGAGAAGCAAGGAAAAUUGGAGGAAAUGGAAAUUUUAAAUGUGAGAAAAAGGGGGAGGCCAAUCAAGAUCAAAGUUGAAAAAGUAGAAGAAAAUGUAUCAAGUCUAGGAACAGAAACAAAGGUUAAAGAAAGGAAAAGAAAAGGAGAAAAAACAAACAAAGAAACAGAUACUGACACCAGAAAAAAGGAGAAAAACACAAAUGUUGAUGAUAAAAUUGAUCUCCAUCACUCAAUGUCAGAAGGAAAGGCAGAAACAUUAGAUGUAGAUGUUGUAGAAAAGGAAUCAAUUGAAAGCUUUGAAGGAAAAAAGAACACUGAUUAUACAGAUAAUAGAGAAAAUGACGAAAGUGCAAACUUAAAAGAAAAGGAGAAGAAAACUGAAGAAUUCUGUGAGCAUGCUGAGGUGGUAUUUGAUAAGAGAAAAGUAAACCCAAAUCAAGAAAAGUUUGUUGGAGCUCAUGUAUCUAUUGCAGGUGGAAUACACAAGUCUGUAUUGGAAGCAGUAGCCAUGAAGUCCUUUGCAUUUGGUUUGUUUUUGAAGUCACAAAGACAGUGGGCUUGUAAACCAUUAGAAGAGGAAGCAGCUGAAAAAUUCAGGAAAACCUGUCAGGAGUAUGGGUUCCUUCCUCAGUACAUAGUACCUCAUGGUUCAUACCUGAUGAACCUAGGCUCACCCGAUGAGAACACAUUACAUAAAAGUAGAGACUUACUGAUAGAUGACUUACAGAGAUGUCAAAAGUUAGGAUUAACUAUAUUUAAUUUCCAUCCAGGUUCAACAUGUGGAAAAAUAAGUGUAGAAAAAUGUCUGGAUAAUAUUGCUGCAAGCAUAGAUAUUGCCCAUUCUAAAACCAGUGGUGUUAUUACAGUUCUGGAGAACAUGAGCUGUCAAGGCCAUACAAUCGGAGGAAAGUUUGAGGAAUUGAGAGGAAUUAUAGACAGGGUGAAGGACAAAUCAAGGAUGGGUGUCUGUCUUGACACAUGUCAUGCUUUUGCUGCUGGAUUUGAUCUCUCUACAGAAGAAGGGUUCAAUCAGAUGUUAUCAGAUUUUGAAUCAAUAGUUGGAUUCCAGUAUUUGAAAGCUUUGCAUAUAAAUGAUUCAAAAGGUAAACUUGGCUGCCAUCUUGAUCGUCAUGAAAAUAUUGGGAAAGGUCACAUUGGAAAGGCUGGAUUUGAUCGAAUUAUGAACUGUCCAAAGUUUAACCACAUUCCAAUGAUCUUAGAAACUCCAUGUGCUGACAAUGAUUCAUAUGCCAAGGAAGUGGAAAUGUUGUAUACCAUGUGCAAUACCUGAUAAAUUGAAGCCAACAUUGAAAUCCAAUCCUUAAAAUGUGCCGUAUGUUUUCUUUACAGUAUUAGACAAUGCCAGAUUUAUAUCAGUGCUACACUUAAGUGUUAAAAUGCAUGUUUAUUGUAUAUGUGUUCAAUGUUAUAUUCUGAAAUAUCAGAUUUAGCAAAAGUAAAUUUAAUUUUUACACAAUUAAGUAAUUCAAUUAUUGGAUGACUGAGUAUGAAAUCAUGCAUGAGAUUAUUCAUUUUUAACUUUUGA